CGGGAUCCGUUCAUUUGCGAUCCCAGCGCCAUGAAGUGUACCUAUUCUCAUCGUCUAAAUAUCUCACCACUCUAAUACCACUCUACAUACGCCGUUAUCAUUGCUGUCAGUUUUGUUUACAAUUUCGUUUUCAGCUCUUCAGUAACGUUAAUUUUCAAAGGAAUCAAUGAGAAAUAUAUCGUACUCCUUUGUAAAGAAUAAAAAAUGUAUAGCAUAGUAUUUAUUGUCGACAUGCCCUCCGAUUCUCAAGAUAAAUCGGUGAACUGCGAAUUAAGGUUAUGUAAAUAAUUACAAAAUUUCGAAUACUCCUGCAUUUGAAAUGGCAUUUUCAUUCAGAGCUGGCUCAAAUUGGUGCCAUGAUUUUCCGAAACUCGCUAGAGAAUCGGGGUUUUAUUUUAACAUGCAUAGAACAAGAGUAAGAGUCGAUUGGAAUCGGAUAAGCUUAAUUGAUAUCGACAGAGUUAUCCAAGAACGAGAUUUUUAUACCGUCGAUGAAAAUGUAAAUAAUGUUGUAGACUAUUGCUUAGAAAGUGAGUACGACGUUAAGAUCUUGGAUCCUAAUUUCGUUAAGCUUUUCCGUCUAGCUCAGUUAGCUGUCGAGUAUUUAUUAUAUUGUAAGCAGUACUUAGAUCAAAGUGUUGUUAUAUUAAAACAUGAGUUGAAACUAAAACUCGAGGAAAAUGUAAAGUUUAAGAAAGAACUUGCAGCUUCCGAAGCUGCAUAUAAAGACUUGAAGGAAAAAUUUAAGGAAAGAGAAAAAGCUUUCCAGAUAAAGAUAAGCGACUCUCACGGUGAAAUUCAUAAGUGUCCAUACUGUCCGAAAACUUUUGUGUCAGCAAUAUUUGUAAAUGCCCAUAUAAUGCGUCGCCAUCAAUGUUUGUCAGAUUCUUGCUUUUCAUCUUCUCCGAUUCAUGAACAAUACCGAGCUGAAGCUGAAAAAUUACACACUGAGAUAAAAACACUAAAGGAAAGAUUAAAUAAAACGGAAAGGGUAAUAAGAAAUGAAUCGGAGAAAUCAUCUCAAAAUGUUACUUUGGAACAAGGAAGGAAUAUUGACAAAUUAGAAGGGGAGUGUCAUAAUACCAACAAGGAUGUCGACAAAUUUGAAGAGCAACAUAAGAAGUAUCAAGAAGAAAUUACUGGGCUAAAAGACAUGCUAUUUAAUGAGAUAAAAAAAUUGAAACAGAGUGAUAUGAACAAAAGUCCCCUCAGAUUAUUUGACAAUGAAAUUUCAAAUACAAGCUACAAGGAAUUGCUUCAACAACAAGAAAAUGAAAUCCAUAUUUUAAGAACUCAGUUGCAGGAGAGCACGAACGCUCCAUCAAAGUUAGAAAACCUAUAUUCGAAAUUUCACGCACAAGAGAAUUACUGGAAGUCCAAAGUCGAACAACUUGAAAGUCAGCAUCGAAUGGAUAUCGAAAAGUUAUCUGCGCAGUUGGAAUUGACACAUGAUACUGCUAAUCGAAUUAAAGCAGAGUAUGAAACAAAAGUAAGAGACCUAGAACAUCAGUCACUGAAUCAAUCGAAGAUACUUAGCGAGCAGCGUGAACAACUCAGUUACCUGUCACGUGGCAUUCAAGAAUCACACUCAAUAAAUCACAACGGACUUAAAGAUUUCGAAAGAUUUUCUGAAAAAACCAGGCAUAAUGCGUUUGAAAAAACUGCGCAUAAAAAAGAUCAUUACGAAGCUAAAGGCAAAAAAGAUAUAUCACGUACUACGAAUAAUGAAUUAAUUUUUGAAGAUAUUGACAGUGUAUCUAGUCAAAAUUCAGUGAAAAGUAUUACAUCAGUUCCAAAUAACCAAGUUCCCUACAAGGAACUCAAGCUAACAAAAAAGGCAAACGAUAGAGCUACUGAAUACGUUAAUGAAUUAAGAGAUAAAAAGCAGUCCCAGCGAAGAGAAUUUACCAAAAAACCAAAGAAAAGGAUCGAUACCAUGUCGAAUGGAACAAGUUCUCAACUUAGUACAGAAACGUUAAGAUCUCAUUCUAAAGCUAGUCCGAUACAACAAAGUUAUACGAAAGAUAUUGUAGAGCCGUUUGUAUCCAGUAAAAGUAAACUUAAGCAAAAAAUCAAUGAUACAGUGGUUGAUAGUGAUAGUUCGAUAAAUUCUCAAGUACAAGAUAAGUAUUUAAAUAAAAGUCAUAGAAGUCAAGACGUACAUACUGCUGUAAACAGAGCGACAAAACAUCAGCUUCGUGCCGAUUCAAGGAUACCUAUAAAUUCAGUCGCUAAAACUGAAAAACCCGUAAAAAAUAGCAAAGUCUUAAUGACUGAUUCUGAAACGAGUGAAUUAGAUGAACUGGGAUCAGAUAGAGUGCAAUCAAAUUCUGAUUCGGAAUCACAGACCGAGAGUACGGAUGAGUCAACGUCGCAGAGUCAUUCUCAAUUAGAGGUUCAACCAGUAAAGAAAGAAAUAGUAAAAAAAACUUUACAGCAAACACGUGAUGAAAUGCUAAAAAUGUUUGAAAAUAAAUUGAAAGAUUUGGGUAUAGAUCCAGAAUGGAGCGGUCUACCAAAAAUGACAUUCCAACAGAAAAUGGAAACCGUGAAACAUCAUCAAAGCAUUAAUGCCAAAAAGUUUCCCAAUUAUGACUUAAUACGACGAAAAAUAAUUCAGGAUAUUGCUCAUAAACUCCUUAUAAGGCAAAAAGCAUCAAAAAUUGAAACAGAAAAAGGUUCGUCACACAAUAAGGUUCUGUCUAAUGUCAAGACGAAGAAUUCGGUUGCAGUUAAUCUUCAAAAAACUCUAGGCAUCGAGACACCUAUUAUAAAAUCUCAAAGUCCUACAUCACGGCAAGUAACGCCGAAAAGUAAAAUUAAUAUGGACUUACUUCCAAAAAAGUUAAGCGAACAGGAGAUACGACCAAAUAAUAGGAAACCUACGCACACCCUUUCAAAUGACAAAAGUCCACAAAUGGAAUCUCAACCGAGUUUAUUAAAAUCUUCGCAUUUGUCUUUGCAUCGUGAAGUUAAAACAGUACAAAGUAAAGCAUCGAUGAAGGCAAAGGACUCAUCUUACGAUAUGAAACAGUUCUCACACUCAUACGAGAGCAUUAAUGAUUUUCUGAAGGAUACGAAUGAUCGCACAAGAUCCUCCACGUCUGUGUUAGAUAUAAAUGAAAUAAGCAGUCCAAAAGUAACAUCUACUCCGAAUAAAAUUGAGUCGAAUGCUUUACAUGACUCUUAUGUGAGUUUAGUUAACGAACCUAAUAUACACUUGACUAAGAAAGAAAUCGUCAAUAGUGUACCAGCUUCUCCGAAGAACAGUAAAGGAGUACUUAAAUCAGCAACGGGUUCUACAGGAAGCUUAAUAAAGAAAAAAGUCCUGUUUCACCUAGAGAAGGAAGACAGCGGCCCUGAAAAAAUAAACGUAACGCCUCUAAACACAUCGAUGUUUACCUCAAAUAAUACAUUAAAUGGAUUAAAAGUCAGUAACCACGAUUCUGUUAUUAAUUACGACAAUGACGAUGAUGAAGAGGAUAACUGGAACAUUACAAGCAUCUCCGAUGAACAGGAUCAAUCUAUAGAAAAAGAGAAAUUACCCGUUACGAGUAAUUUAAUUUUAAAAACCUCUCAGAGUGAUAAAAUUGCACAGAUUUCAAAGAAAAUUGAAGAGCAGUUAAGUGCAUCGAGACACAAACCAGUUGGUGCUGUCGAAGCUAUGUUUAUGGAGAGACAGCAGCCAAAAUCAGAGGAUCGAGAAGAUGGAAGCCAGUUUCCAAGUUCAACUAGUAUUACGAGCUCUAUUUUAGAGAGUCCAGCUAGACAAAUACAUGUAAAACAUAAAUCAGAAAAACGCGAAGCCCCGCUCCCAGCUCCGAGAAGUUUAAAAAGUAAAGAAUCUAAGUCUUCGAUUUCACUAACCAGAACUGCUGCACUGAAGGAGUCUGAUUUAGAUUCAGACAUUAAUGAACUACUCCAAAUGGAUUAACCAUAGCGUAACUACAUUAGUAACAUCUCGUUACAUAAUAUUGUAUUAACGUAGAUGUUAGAAACUGUAUAGUAGGCAAAUCUCCUCAGUUACAUAUCGAUUGCGCGUUUAUUACGGGUAUAUUAAACUACAUAAAUACCUGAAAAUAAUUUAUUUGUAUGCGUAAAUUUAUGUUAGACGUGCAUUUAUUUAUAAUAAUGCAUUUCAUGUGUUUGUAUUAGUUUUGCCACUGACUUUGUGACUAUUCCUUGAUUUGUAACAAAAUCUAUAUUGCAAUCAUUAAUAAAUAUUUUUUUGUACUUUGAAUAGUUUCUAGAUUAUUGCAAUACGGUUAAUUUAAAUUCAUGCUAUUUUCACCUUAAAUGAAACUUCGAUUGUUUAGGGAGAAUUUCAAAUUUGACAGCAUUAAUUGUUUCAAUAUGGCCGUUAAAAGUAUGCUUACAAAUUUUAGCAGAACCAUAAAGAUAAUUUACUUGACAAGAACGUCCUUUCAGCCGUAAUUUUUUCAACAAAACUAUGUUUACGCUCAAUUAGCAUUAGUUAAAGACUAUUAAAUUGUACCGUGGUAACCGAGAAAAGUAUACCUGAUGUAAAAACAUAAACAUAACCUACAUGAUAGGUUAUAUCACAGAGUGACAUCAAAUUGAAUUCUACAAUUAUAGAAGUGUGGUUCUUACCUUAAAUGUUCAAGACUAUGUUGGAAAUAAUUACAACAAAUUUACUGCAGAAUAUGAACGAGGUAGAUGCAUGGACAUAUUACAGAAUGCAGAAUUAAAAAUUGUCAACAUGAAAUCUUCAUUUACGUACGAAAAAUGCUUGAACUAGACUGUUUACCAUAAUGUAUAUUUGUAAUAAUAUACUACAAAACUGUGCUUAUUUAAUUAAUCUUAGAUUCGUUUGAGAUACCGCACAAAUAAAAAGUUAUAUUAUAUUUUAAGUGGAGUUACGCCACUUUGUCAUGUUUUAAGUUAAAAUGCAUGUUUAAUGAGUGCGGUGGAUACAGCAGCAAUGGGCACAACAGAACUAUCUUGUUUAAUUUGUGAUUCGGAACUUGAAGUAACAUCGUGCACUAAUAUUUUUUAUACAUCUCUGCCUCGUAAUGGAGAGCUGCUCGCAAGUUUCAUACUCCGAGUACUCCGUUCAGCUACAUCGGAAU